CAUCCGGAAAUAGAAACUGCACUCGAUCUUUUCCAAAACUUUGUCAUUUCCCAAAGUUCCCAACUUUUGGAAAUACUUGCGGAAAAAGCAAUAGAUUUGAAAUGGGCGCAUUACUCUUUGGACGUAUCUCGUUCUUUUAAAAAUGUGAAAGGAUUAAUUUAGUUUUUUUCACGACAAUACAAGUUGUUGGCUAGCAGCUCUCCCAAGUGAGAGCUGGCAGUGGCCAGCUAGCCAAAACAAAGCUUCUGGUACAUUUGAUGGCGAUAAAAAUCACAAUAUGCUGCGUUAUUUUAGUCAAACUGCAAGUGUUGUGUUUUUCUCCCACAACUCCAUCGUCCAGCUUGUGUCCUAAUGGCUUUCGAGGUGAGUCGCCGGGCGUCGUUUGGGGGUUUAUUACCGGCCCUCCAAGUCCAUGUAACGGGAUCUGUCAGUAUCCGUGCUGGUUCUCCACACUGUCUACAACCAUUGUAUCCAACAACACAAUCAACUCCAGCUUCCUUGAAACGAAACAUACUGGAGGGAACUCAGCAUGGCAUCAGCUUCAUAGACAUUGUACAAUGGAAUUUUAUUCUUCCAAAAGGCCCGUUUCUUCAUCUGCUGCUGCCGGCCCUUGGACGCACUCUUUUUACACCUCAUUUAGCCACAUCACCACCAUUUUACACCUUCGAGAGCGCAGAAGCUCGCUAACCAGGUUCAAUCCUGGCCGCAGCCUGCCCCAGCUUCAGAGUUUGCCACCUCCGUCCACCUUUGGGGUCAAGUUCCACAAAUGUGCACAGGUCUUGGCUGAUGCGGACCCUCCACAGUUGACAUUCUUUCUUCUGAUUCACAACCUGAGUCCCAUGGGUGGCACCAACCUGUCUCAGGUGGCCAUUCGGGACUCCAUAUUUGGAAUAGUGCCUCUAAGAAGUGAAGGCAGAGUUGUGGAACGAGGAUACCAAAUGUUUGCCGUUGAUUCUAUCGCUGCAGGAUCCCAAAUUAUUGUCAAUUAUACCGCUCAAAUAAGGAGUCAUAAAAGCGGAGUUCUGGAUCUUCCUGCUUUUCUCACCUUCUCUAAUUUAUCACAGAAUGACGUCAGCAUGUAUGGUCCAUUGACAGCUAAUCUAACAUUGAGGGUUAAUUCCACCGACAGAAUUCAUCCAAAUCAUGGUGUGCACUUUGCUGGAUUUGUCAGCGGGUUUUUUGUAACUUUGGUGCUACUGUUGCUUGGCUUUCUGGCCAUGAACCUCGUAGGUCCCAGAACCAGACUGGGUCUUCUCCAGCAAAAGAAAAACAGAGGUGAUCCAGAUCCAGAGUAUGCAGAUUAUGACAUGAAUGAGACCGCCAAAGAUGAAGCAACGUUUGAGGACAAGAUUGUUGACAUCAUGGUGCUGGAAGAGCCGCAGAACAUGGACCAGGCUUUGGAAAACCUUGAAAUGUCCACGCUGCUGCACGCCACCAACAACCUGGAGGCCACGAGGAUUCAGAUUUAUAAGGACUUGCUGUCUAUCUUAUUGGGCCGCCUGCGGUCUCGCGGCCAGGUCAGCGCCCAGGCCCAGCAGAGACUUCUCAGUGUUCUCCACGGGCAGCUGCUGGGUAUGGAGGGUCGGCUGAAGGAGGAGCGAGGGGUCCGCAUGGCUGCGCUUGCAGGCCAGUGUAACCUGGAGACCAGAGAGGAGAUGGAAGCGGAGCAUUGUAGGGUAGCUGCAGAGAAGGCCCAGGCUGAGCUGCUGUGUCACCGUGCAGAUCAACAGGAGCUCCUCCAGUAUAGUGUUCUGCUGGAGAAAUUGCACAAGCUGGGCCAGGCUCACCUGCAGCGCAUCCUGUUGGUUCGCCACGAAGAAGCCUCUGCGAAGGUCCAGAGGCAGAUCAUUGAAUGGCGUCGUGUGGAGCUUCAUAAGAUCUUCUCUGAGGAGCUGGAGGAGGCCACAAAGAUGGGCGAGUUGGAAACAGACAUAGCCCAGGUUCUUCAGCACAGCUACUUGGAGUGUCAGGAUCAGCUGGAGGAGAUGCUGGAUGUGGUCGUGGCCAACUGGCGUUAUAUACUAGCUGAGCGCCACGCCCAGAGGAAGUUCCUGUUGCACAGCCUCCACAGCCUCAAUGGUCUUAUUUCCGACACCUUCUCCAGCACCUCCUGCAAUCUGGACAACUUGUUCGCACAUGUCAAAAGAGGGAGCAGUGUGUCUGCUGAACAGCUCCAUCAGCUCCAAGAGAAGGCCCAAAAGGAUCUGAUGACGGUGAGGCAGAGACUGGAUGAGGCGCUUGGUCAAGAGAAGAGAGCCUUGCGAUGUGGACUCAUCAAGAAGAGGAGGGAGCUCAUCGCUAACAUGCUUAGGGUGCACAUGCAGAGACAGAAGGACCUCUCUGGUCUGUCAAAAAAUCAAGAUGGGAGCAUCGAAGUAGCCCGGCAGCUGCGCUGUUGGCAGGACCUACUCACGUCUUGUAGCUUGGAAUUUGCUGAGCUUAUCAAUAACAUGGACGAGGAGGCUGCAGCGGACAUCCGCAAGGUGACCAUGCGUGUGAUCCAGAGCUCCAUGGCAGAGGUGAAAGCCAUCCAGCCCUCUACAACGCAGACCCUGCUCACUCUCCUGCCUCCAGGCAUGCAGCGCUCCCUGGUACAGGUAGAACCCGAGGCAGGCCAAGGAGGGAGCACACUCCUGCAGGGCCAAGAGAGGCUGCAUCAGGAAGGCAAAGCAGCCUUACACACCCUCAGCUCUACCAGGGAUAGCCUGCAGAAGGCCAUGGAGGAGGAGCUGCAGGAGCAGAGGGAGCUCAGGGCUCACUGCAGAGCUUUCUUCAGAUGUUUGUGCUCAUCCCAGUUGACUCUCUCUGAUGACGAGCAGAUAAGAAUAAAAAUGGAGUUCCAGAAGUGUCUUUCUGUGAUGGACCGCUGCCUUAUGCUGCCCCACGCCGUGUCCAGAACCAAAGUCCACUCAUCCCUCUCAAAUUGGAGGAAGGACAGCGAGCGACAAAUGAUAAAUCCACAUUUCAAGGGAAAACCCACUGAGGCCAGUCAGAAAACACAAGACACGGCUGACCUAUUUCAUGUGCACAAAAAGCUCAAAGAGCAGAUAAAGCUGUUUGAGAAGGAGCGUGAGAUGGAAAACAUUGUUAAAGACAAGGUGGUGGAGGAGAUGAGAAAGGAGAGAGAGGACUACUUGCGUUCUCAGGCCGACAGCCUGGCAAUGCAGAUGGCUGCCAUUCACUGCCAGAAGGCUGAGAGGAGAACCAGAGUGUUGGAUACGUCCAGAGCACUGCUCACGCUGCACAGCCUUCUCAUUCAUCACCUUCGAGAGACAAAGAGUCUGGACAGACGAGAAAUGGCCCAAAGUAUCCAGAAGCACUGUGCGGGCUUGGAGGAAGCAGAACAUCAUUUACAGGACGAGAUUGGAAAGCUGGACAGCUUAGAAUCAGAUCGUAGGUCAAGUCAAACACACACAGAGGAUGCAGAUGCUGAGGAGGACAACAAGGAGAACCUGUUUGGGGUGCAGCAGGAGAGUAGAAUGUCAUACAUCCUCCAGGAGGCUCUCAAUAAGUGCGAUGAAGUCAUUGCAAGACUGGCUCUGAGCUUGCAGGAGAUGACCACCAGCAAUCAGGCAAUGGAAGAUUUAAGAGAACAUAUACAGCUCAAGAAACUUCAUUCCAACUGUGAUCAGGACCUAAUGUUUGCAUCUGAACUGAUCAAACAGAGUCGGAUAUCUGUUGACAUUCUCCUUGAGCUUCUACGGCUGCUCAUGCCCACAAUGCCUGAGAGUGAACUUUUGGGCAUCACUGACGCCCUCUGCCCCAAGCAGCACCGUGGUUCAUCCUCCACAGAGCAGGAGCCUUCUGGGUCUAAUCUGCUUCUUCCUGUCAAACUGAGGGAGGACCUUGUGCACAAGAGUAUGCUAAACAUGCCGAGUUGCUGUGCGGAAAGCAUGAGAUCUCACAGACUCCAGGAAAAGAGGCAAAGCCUGAUGGAAAGACUUCUCCCCUCUUCCGGCCCGCCACUUCCAACAGACGUUGCAGUAAAAGGGAAGACGGACAGCUUUACGAACGCAAAGCAGCAUCCGUUUAAGCACGGCGAGGCUGCCAAACAAAGGAACACAGAGGCGGGGAACCAAACACUGCACAGCUCAGCAGAAGAAGAAGACGCGUUAGCGACCUCGGCCAACGUGGAUGUGAUCUGCCAGGCCACUGGUGAAAGGCUGUUUGUCUUUCGUGAUCCACCUCAGUCCCACGUUAGUAUUCCCUCCCCCAGGAGAAAAAAGAAACGGAACUUUCUGAAUUUGAAGAAAGGCUUAGUCACUCCAACAUCCCAAACCUGAUCCUCACCCUUAAUCAU